AUGGAGUGUGAAGAUUAUGUUGGAAAAAGCAACCAUAAAUUCAUGAUACUUCCAUCUUUUACAAAGAUUUUUUGCAAGGAAUCUAGAAGCUGUAAACUUACUACGCUUGCUUUUCCAAAUGGGUUUCCAAUGAGGGUUAGAGUGUCAAAGAUGAAGAAUCAAAAAGCUCGCAUUGACAUUACUAAACUGGUGGAACUUGGCUAUAUAUGUAAAGGCUCUAUAAUAACAGUCGCGUACAAAGCUUUUCUUCAAAUUGAAUAUCCAUGCAACGUUCCAAAAUUUAGUAAGCAACGUUUCAGCCAUAACCGGACUCGAAUCUUUAACAAUGAGGAAAUCGAUGAAGAUCAAGAAACUACAGAGGAUGAUGAUGAUCAAGAAACAACAGGUGAUGAUGAUGACGAUGAUAAUCAAGAAACUUCAGACGAUGAAGAUGAAGAUUCGUCGGUGGGAGAAAUAACUAACAAAGAUGGCAAAGGAGUUGCUGCUCGUGGUGCUUAUCGACCACCAGAUAUGAAGAGCAGUUGCAAAAAGGCUACGAAAAAUGAUUCAAAUGACGAUGAAGAAGAAUCUACAAAUGAUGACGACGAUGAUGAUGAUCAAGAAACUACAUUGGAUGACGACGACAACGAUGAUGAAGAAGAUAGAAAGAAAUCUUCAAAAGGGAAAAAUAAGUUUAUAUUCUCCAUGGAUCAAAGAACUAAGAAAGAUGGCAAAAGAGUGGCUGCUGGUGAUGAUUAUACGAAAUGCAAGCGCAAAAAGUAUAUAGGUGUCGAAAAAGAUUGCAAGGUUAAAGAAGAGGAGGAAACAAAUUCAGAUGAAAGUGAACGUUCGGAAUCUGAAAAACAAGCGGAAAUGGUAGUUGCACAAAACUUUGAGAGCAUUUACUUAAAGUUGUCUCCAGAAAGCAAAAGGGCAAUAGAGGCAGCCAGAAACUACAAGCCAAAUAAUCCUGCUUUCAUGUCUGUCAUAACCCCACAGAAUAUGCAUUCCUUGGUAGCUGUAACAAAAUUAAUGUCACAACAAGCUAUUAUUUCCAUUUUUAUCGAUACCAAAAUAACUGAAUACGUCUCAAACUUCUCUGCUUGUAAACGAGCUUCAAACUCUGAUUCUUUAGCUGUUAUCAGUUUGGCUCCAUAUCCGAGUCCACGAGCAUAA